UACCAUUGUGAAAUAGCAUCGAUCCAUACAGUGCAUCACCCGUGCACCGACUUCAUAAGAAUCUGGCCAGUCCGGAAACUCAACGAAUUUCACACAGAGCCGGACUCGCCACCCUCAUAGUUCAAACCGCACAGUAAAGCUUUUUCUAGGAGCCACUUGCUUACAUAUCUCCCAUGGGUAGACAUGCAGAAGAAGAGCUUCGGGAAAGCUAUUACAUCCACUGCCGCAACAGGGGCUACACCAUCGACGAAGCCUCUGAACGCAGUCUCACCUACGUUAGGCGUGUUCUCAACGCAGAUUCGCUCACCUCGAAAAGAUACCUAGAAGAGCUAUAUCAAGCGAGUGUAGCGCACCAUAUCUAUUCAUCGUCUCCAUCCUCAUACGACGAUGAAUCGCCUAAGUAUAGCUCAUUGAAAGCUAGAGAUAAAGGUAUACAUGAUGCCUUUAAUGGGUUCUCCGGUAUGAUGGAGAGUCUUUUUGACGACAACGACAAAACAUUUGCAGAGAUGCGAACGCAAGAAGAAGACUGGAGCAUACCAAGUGUACCAGGAUAUCGCGCUCCUCAAUACAUCCCCUCCCAUUACGACUACCGGGAUAAUAGUCGGGAGCCACAAAGGCAACACGCGGAGGAUUGGAGUACACCGAGCUAUCGCCGUCCAGAUUACAUCCCUUCUGCCUACGACUAUCAGAGCAAUGCUCGGCAAUCGCGUGAAAACUCCGACAGAUAUACUACCAGAGAUUAUGACCCGCAGCGUUCAUCCUCUUAUGGCCCUCGUAGUCAUCCAUACAGUUGGUCUCACUCCAGUAAUAAAGACCGCGAGCCACCUUCAGGCUAUAGGUAUUGGAGUGCAGAGUCGAGUCGCUCCUCGCACUCUUCAUCAACACCCAGUUAUACAUUCUAUUCGUCGUCCGAUUCGUACCCGACCAACUCUUCUUAUUCUUUCCGCCCCAGCGCCCCACCUAAAACUUCUUAUGUAACACCGCCGCCAUCAUCAUCUCAACAGCCAGCCAUGCCACCUCCGCAGGGUAUCAAACCCAACACAGAUUUCUAUAUCAUGCUUGGUCUCAGUCGAAGCGCCACAGCCGCUGAUAUCAAGAAAGCGCACCGUGCUAUGAGCCUGAAGUGGCAUCCUGAUCGCUGUCGUGGACAAGACAAGAGGAAAGCUACUGAGAGGAUGGCGGAGAUUAAUCAGGCGAACGAUGUAUUGAGUGAUGAGGUCAAGAGGAAAUUUUAUGAUACAUGGAGGUUGUUGCCUAGUGAGGUGUAGAAGAAUCACAUGAGUUUGAACAGAUUUCAAUGUUUAUGAUUGAAGACAGUGAUCAGUUGCUUUCCUUUC